AAAAGAAAAAGGAGAGAGAGAGAGAGAGAGAGAUUGUAUGAGAAACUCAGAUCACAUGGAGGCAAGAAAAUACCAGGUAGCAUUCUCACGCAAGAGAGACGAUCCCCAAUUCGAAGGAAUGCGAAGAGAAAACCAAUCCAUGCCAUAUAGAGGAAGCACAUUGGACUCAGAACCAACCAUCCAAAAUUCAAGUUUUUCGCAUUCCUUAUCAGACAUAUGGGAAAGAGAAUCCAAAUGGAGUUUACCAAACACUUAUUAUGAUCAUGCAAUAAGGCUAGAGAAACAAGAGACGAAUUCUACGCCGGAAAGUGUUGUUGUUGAGGUGGAGGAAAAUUCACCAGCUGAUAACAAUAGUCAUCUGAAAGAGCUCAAAAGAACAUUUACCGAGGAAGGAAAAAAUGCGACUCAUUAUAAGAAUUACUCGCCUCGAUCCGCUGCAACAUUCUAUUGCGGUAGCUUCUCGCCUUCUGAUGCUUCUGUUUUGGAAAUGUGCAAUAGUAUCGAAAGGCUGAACAAAUAUUUGGAAGCUACGAAAGCUGAUGUUGAAGCUGGUGUUCCCGGAAAGUUUCUGCAAGCUGUUAUAGGGCAAGAACUUGCUGAUGUCGGAUCUAUAAUUUCUACAAUAACAUACGCCUUCUUCCUGCAUGAGUACAAAACAAAUAGUCAUCAUUGCACAGUGCCAAUCAUAAACAUUAGUAGGGCAGAGUUUAAUGCACACGCCGAGCUAAAAUGGUUGCUUCGUUCAUGUCGAGUUGAGGAAACUCACUUGGUUUUUAUCGAUGAGGUUGACCUUUCUUAUCAUGACUUAUUCGGAAAUCUAAAGCUAGUAUUGCUGAACUGCGACAAACUCCCAUUGAAGCAAGAGGGAUUGAAAGAUGCAUUGGCCGAAAUUGUCGACAGCAAACAGGAUUGCACAAGUUGUGCAGUAGUGGCUGAAAAGUUCUUGGAGACAAUUCCAGAAAUCCUAGCAGGGCAAGGAUUUUGUAGACUUCUGUUAUCAGGCAUUCUCUUGGACACAACAGACCUGCAAAGUGCUAAUUGCACCUCCAAAGAUAAAUACACGGCGACGCUACUGAUCAAAGGAGCCGGUCGAUUCGGAUUCAGUGGACUUUAUCAGAUAUUGAGGUACAAAAUGAAUGACAUAACAGAUCUUAAGGUGCAGGACAUACUCCGAAGGGAUUUCAAAAAGUGGACAAGAGUCUCAGGAAAACCGAUUAGCGCUGGUUCGAGAUUGACGGUGAUCCAUAUCGGUAUGAGUUCGAUCGGAGUUUCGAUUGAGCAACUUCUUUCUCAUGAAGAUUCAGCAGCCCGCGAAGUUACGCUAUUUCAAGAAUCGGAGAAAUUGCGGCUGCUGAUGGUUGUUUCAGGGCAUUAUGAUUAUAACAAAAACUUCAAGAGAGAGAUUUUGGUUUCUGCGAGCACCGCGGAACUUAUGGCGAGUUUCCUCCACUUCUUCAGUACUAAUGGGAAGAAUCUCCCACUCAAAGCUUUGGAUCAACUAGAUUUAAAAGAGGAGCAAAGAGCGUUCGAGAUCGAUAACAAGUUGACGUCGAGGAGAAGCAUAGAGCGAAUUUUGGAAGAGUUUGGAGGGGUGUUGAGGAAGCUGUAGCAGUUUUAAUGAGAUAUGCAGUUGCAAAAUGUCUAAAAGAUUGUUUCUUGAUCCAUAAAUAUUGUUCUAAAAUAACAUACGCGCGUAGAAUGAGAGUGAACGAUUCAUCGCAAUCGAAGAAACAA